UGGGCCACUAGUCAUAAAUAACAAUUCAAUUGUGAAUACAGAUAGGUUGAACGACAAAGGAAAAGGAACUCAAAUACGGCGCGUGAUUACGGGGAUUAGGGAACGACAUAACUACAGAAGAUAUCUCAAAUGGGCAAUCAAUCGGUGAAACUGCCAAAGCCAAUCGAAUCCAUCAUCCAUGGAAACAAUCAUGAUUGUAGCACCGAUUUUAGUGAAUCUUUUUUGCAAAUUUGUUCUUCAUUCUGAGUUUGAGUUCUGGCAAAUUAACAAUCAGUGAAUCAGAUUUCGAAAUCUGAAAUUACCAACGGUUGUUGGCGGACGGCUGUUUUACUGUUCAUGAGUGGCAGAUUGCUCACAUAGCAGCAAAGGCGCAAAAUCUAACUUUUAAGGUACUCGUGCACUACUUGCCCUAAAUCCUAAUUUGAGAUUACUGUUGAUUUUUUUGAUAAUUGCAUUCUUAGAUUAGAUUUUGUGUUAAUUGUUGAUAAUUGUUAGAUUUUUGAGUCCAUAAUGUCCAAUAGAUAUAGAAAGCAUGAAUCGGGUCAUUCUAAGAGAAAAAAGAAACAAAAAUUAGAAGCUGAGAUGGAAUCAUUAAAAGGAUCUUUAUUAAAAUAUGUAACAACCGUGAAAGAUAACAAUAGUGAUGAACCGUUAAAAGUGGAUGACCUUAGUAGCGAUGAUCCUUUAAAUGUUGAUGAACACAAUAGCGAUGAACCUUUAAAUGUGGAUGAGCAAAAUAGGGAUGAACCUUUGAAUGUUGAUGAAAAUAAUAAAGAUGAACCUUUGAAUGUUGAUGAAAAUAAUAGGGAUGAACCUUUGAAUGCUAAUGAAAAUAAUAGCGAUGAACCUUUGAAUGUAGACGAAACUAUAAAUUUAGAUGAUCCAACUGAAUGGACUGUUAUUAAUGCUAAUUUAAGAGAUUUGCUUGUAGAAAAGGGACCGGUAAAGGUUUAUGAUUAUGAUUUUCCAAAAGAUGAAUAUUCUAGAAACUUUAGCUCUUCUUUUUAUAUGCAAAAAAUGGCAAAUGGGGAAAAAUACGAAAGAAAAUGGUUGCUUUACUCAAUAAAGGUAGAUAGGGUAUUUUGUUUUUGUUGCAAAUUAUUUGAUGUGAAUUCUUGUAAAAGUAAAUUAGCAAAAGGAGGUAGUAAGGAUUGGAGAAAUAUGAAUGAUAAACUAAAAAAACAUGAAUCAAGUAAAGAACAUAUUAUGAAUAUGAGCAAAUGGUUUGAGUUAGAAACAAGGUUAGCAAAAAAUAAUACAAUUGAUAAAGAAACUCAAAUUCUUAUAAAUAAAGAUAAGGAACAUUGGAAAGAUGUACUUAAAAGAAUUAUUGGCGUUGUAAAAACUUUUAGCAUGAACAAUAUACCAUUUCGUGGAGAUAACGAAAAACUUUAUGAAAAAAACAAUGGUAAUUUUUUAGCUAUUGUUCAAAUGAUUGCAGAAUUUGAUCUCGUAAUGAAAGAACAUGUUAGACGAAUAAAGAACAAAGAAAUCUACAAUAAUUAUCUUGGUCAUAAUAUGCAAAACGAACUAAUUAGUUUAUUAGCAUGUGAAGUUAAAAAUAAAAUUGUUAAUAAAGUUAAGGAAGCUAAAUACUUUUCAGUUAUACUUGAUUGCACACCCGAUACUAGUCAUAAAGAACAAAUGUCAAUUAUUUUACGAUGCUUAGAUAUCUCAUCAACACCGAUUGAAGUUAAAGAAUAUUUUUUUGAAUUUAUAAUAGUAGAUGAUACAACCGGUAAAGGUCUAUUUGAUGCUAUGGUUGAAGAAAUUAGUAAUAUAGGACUUGACAUAAAUAAUAUUAGAGGACAAGGCUAUGACAAUGGUUCAAAUAUGAAAGGAAAGCAUCAAGGUGUUCAAAAAAGAUUGUUAGAUAUUAAUCCUAGGGCCUUUUAUACACCAUGUGGUUGUCAUAGUUUAAAUUUAGUUCUUUGUGAUAUGGCUAAUUCGUGUACAAAAGCUCGUGAGUUUUUUGGAAUUAUACAACGUACUUAUACAAUUUUUGCUUCAUCAACCAAAAGGUGGAAAAUAUUACAAGAUUGUUUACCAAAAUUAACUCUAAAACCUUUAUCACAAACACGUUGGGAAAGUAGGGUAGAAAGUGUUAAGGCAAUUAGAUAUCAAGCGCCACAAAUAAAAAAGGCACUUAUGAAAUUAUAUAGUGAUGAUGAUGCAAAAGUUCUAAGUGAGGCUAAAUCCUUGGCAGAUUUUGAAUUCAAUAAGUUUGAAUUUUUAUUAGGAAUGGUUAUUUGGUAUGAAAUUUUGUGUGCUAUUAAUCGUGUUAGCAAGAGCUUACAGGAAAAAGAUAUGUGUAUUGAUAGUGCUAUACAAAAAUUAGAUGGCCUUUUGUGUUAUUUUGAAAAUUAUAGAGAAAAUGGAUUCGAAAAUGCUAUUAUUGAUGCAAAAGAAAUCGCUUUAGAGAUGGAUGUAGAACCUAUGUUUCGUGAAAAACGUAUCAUCCAUAGAAAUAGACGAUUUGAUGAAAAUGUUACUAAUGAAACUACUAAAACUCCUAUUGAAUUAUUUAAAACCGAUUACUUUUCUUUUUAUAUAUAGUAGACCAAGCUAUUUCUUCAAUUAGGACUAGAUUUGAUCAAUUUAAAAUGUUUGAAAGUAUUUUUGGUUUUCUAUUUAGUAUAAAAAAACUGAAAUUAUUGGAUGAUAAUACUUUAAAACAACAUUGUAUUAAUCUUGAAAGUUCUUUAAAACAUGAUACUAGUAUAGAUAUUGAUGGUUUGGAUUUAUUUGAUGAACUAAAAGUUCUAAGACAUGUGAUACAUUUAGAAUGUGACACUCCUAUUAAUAUACUAAACUAUAUUAACACUUUUAACUCCUUUUCAAAUGCUUAUAUUGCUUAUAGGAUUAUGUUAACUAUUCCCGUGACUGUUGCUUCCGCUGAAAGAAGCUUUUCUAAAUUAAAAUUAUUAAAAAAUUAUUUAAGAUCUACAAUGUCACAAGAAAGAUUGAAUGGAUUAGCUACUUUGUCAAUUGAAAACGAUUUGUUAGAAGAAACUGAUUAUGAAAAUUUUAUUAAAAAGUUUGCAUCCGUUAAAGCUAGAAAAAUAAACUUGAUCUAAACAUAUCUUUACACAUACAACAAAUAUAUACGAAUACAAAAAAAAAAAUUUUAAC